CUUCCUCUUUGAACGCUUUCGCUCACAGCACCAUCACAUUCCAAUAUACGAGCGCCGGGAGCAGUCCGCAGACUCAGACCUGGUCGUUGAAACGAUUCAGAUCUGCUCUUGCCCCAUCUCUCUGAAUGGCAACGCACGAUCUCAUCUCCCCAUCAGCUACAGGAUCCUCUGACUGGCUGAAUCGUAACAAGACCGCCUCCACCGCCGCUGCAUCGGAUCUCGAGGAGGAAGUCCGUCAAAGUCGACUGGACCGACAGAAUAGAAGGAGACGUCUCAGCGGUGAAGGGAUUCGGGGCCUGCAGACCUCAGCCGGUAGCCACAGAGUCGGCGAGAUGGACGACAUGAGUCCACAACAUACGGGAGGCAGCACCACUGCUGGCGAGAAAGAGGCGACACUGAGGAGGCUCAUGUCCACAAAGUCACAGGAUGGGCAAGACAGUAGCGCCGCUGCCACCUCGUCGUCUCGAGCUUCAGGUCUACUCUCGCGCUACGGAGGGCAAGCCGGUCCUACAGGCACCGCAGAUGCGGGGUCGGGUGCAUCGCCGGUAUCGCUCGCUUCCUUCAUGGGUGGAAAGGCGGCUGGCCCUAGACUCGGAAAGCUUGCUGGAGAUGGAAGGUCGGCACCGCCGGAGGCAUCUCUCAUAGACGAGACUAGGAUGCGCAAGGGUGUCGCCCUCCCUGGAAUGGCUGCUGCAGAGUCCCCCUCCUCGCCCGGAAAGGGUCGAGGACUUGCUAGCUUUCUCGAGGCUCGAGCUGGUGGUCUUCAGCAAAGAAGUGAUGCUUUGAGCUCCAGCCCUGGGGGACAAUCUUCUCCGGCCGCUCGCUCGCCAUCACCUGUGCGUAGAGCUGCCUCGCCCACUAAGCAGAUACCCUUCGCAGACACUUUCAAGGCCCCUGCCUCGCCAGUCAAGCGCAGUGCUUCUCCCUCCAAAGCCGCUGCCGAUGUGACCUCGCAGCCUGCCUCUGCGAGACCGAGCAACAUCUCACCGAGCAAGGCGCACACCAACACACUCUCUGUUUCGCCAAUGAAAGAUGCAGCUACUUCGCCCAUCCAGACGGAGGAGAUUGCCUCCUCGUCCUUCAAGAAGAUUACCCCCAGCGGUGCCACAGCUACGCCUUCGUGGAGGGCUCCUACAUCCGCGCCUGCAGCAACCACAUCUACGAACUUGCCAAGCCCAAGCCGAUCUCCUGCAUUUGCCAGCCCCGCCUUCGCCUCCAAGUUGGCUUCCGACAAAGGGCCCACACCAUCGCUGACGCGGCUACAGGGGAAGGGCAUGGUGGGACAGAGGCUCAAAGAGGCGAAGGAGCGAGAAGCGGCAGCGUCCGUCUUCUCUUCCCCCUCUGCUUCGCCAGCGCCUGCUUCGCCGUCCAAAUUCCCACUGGGCAGAACGAACAGCAGUGGAAGCAGUGCCAACAAUGGUCAGACUCCUCGCUGGGCUGCCAUCGACACUAGCUUGUCACAGCGAGAGAGCGAAGAGGGAGCUCCUCGCGCGAACAAAUGGACACCUCAUCGCUCUGGUACAGCAUUGCCUGGAUUAUCUCGAGCAGACAGCACAAGCUCAUCCGGAGCUCGCGCUCUUUCCCCCACGCGUGCCUCCACCGCCCCCUCCUCUUCUGGCGCUACUGACGACCGCUAUGAUGUUGCUCCUGUGCGGCUUCCCGGGAUGGGGAGCGCCAGGAGUCCUUUCGGAGCAAGUGCUGGACGAGCGAGCCCUGACAAAGGAAAGAGCGCCUACUUUGAUGGUACUGUCAAAGAAGAUGCGCCAUUGGAGCAUCUUACAAAGGGGCGCGCAAAAGGCCCUGCCCGGAGGUCAGCUCGAGGUCCUACCAACGAGGCGGCGCAGAAGGUGGAAACUCCCAAGGAGGGACCUGUCGCUCCCGUUGCUGAUAGCAGUACGCCCUCAGCUGCUGAACUGACCUCGGCACCUGCUCCCCUGCGCAAUACCAGCGGGAAGCGCAUUGUUGUUCUGAUCUCUGGCUCAGGCUCCAACCUCCAGGCACUCAUCGACGCAACGCACAAGGGAGGACCCCUCUCGCAUGCACAGAUCACCUACGUACUUUCCAAUCGUAAGGCAGCCUUUGGCCUACAGCGUGCUGCUUCUUCCAACCCUCCCAUCGCUACAAAGGUCCUUGCCCUCAAGACGUGGCAGAAUCGCAACGGAGGUGGCACCAGGGAGCAGUACGAUGAGGUCCUGGCCAAAGCUGUUCUCGAUGCAGAAGGCACACAGUUGCCCAACUACGACGAGUCCAAGCCUUCCGUAUUGCCGCCACCGGAUCUUAUUGUUCUUGCCGGAUUCAUGCACAUUGUCUCUCCUCAGUUCCUUCGUGCCCUAGGCCAUCGAACCGGCCUUUCCGAGGCAGAAGCACCUUCUUGGAGGCCUAGUGCUCCAGUGCCCAUCAUCAACCUCCACCCGGCCCUGCCAGGUGCCUUCGAUGGAGCAAAUGCGAUUCCCCGGGCCUUCGAAGCAUUCAAGGAGGGCAAGAUCAAGAACACCGGUAUCAUGGUCCACGAAGUGAUUGCUGAAGUCGAUCGUGGGGCACCGAUUGUCACCAAGGAAGUCUUUAUCCGUGAUGAUGACACGCUCGAUGCUCUUGAGACGCGCAUGCAUUCAGAAGAGCAUAAGCUCAUUGUGGAAGGUACCAGGAUUAUGCUGAGCAGGGCAGCGAGCGGCAGAACUCAGACACAACAGGCCGACCAGCCCGUAAGUCCAACAAAGGUUGACGUCAAGGAGUCGAUCAAGUCUUGGGGCUCUACUAGCGGUCGCUCUGCAAACGAGACGGAUACGAAAUCUGCAUCCGCUCGAUGGGGUCAAUCGAACUCGGAGCGACCUUCUUCUCCUACGAAGAUGUCAAGACAGAUCGAGCAGCGACCUCAGCCGUCGAGACAUGUGAAUCUGAAGCUGUCGGAAUCCGUCUCUUCUCUGCCAUCUCUUUCAGCUCAGCACAAAGCCGUUCUCGCUGGUAUGUCGCCUUCGGCAAGGGCGGUUGCCGAUCAGACCGUGUCGGUCGAGACCUUGUCCCUGCAGUCCGAUGGCUCUACAAGUACGAUUGCCUCUCACGAAGCCCACAUCCUCUACGAGACCGAAACCCUCGCUGUGGUCCAUCGCUUCCGCUCUUCCUCAUCGGGUCAGACCGUAGCUACAAAGCUGUAUGCAAGGGCAGGUCAUCAAGCUUCCUCCUCGUCUCAAGUGGCUCAGAAGCUGUCUGAUCUAGCCAGACGAUACAGCACGUCUGUUAUUGAUGCUCGUCAAGGUCGGGAGGACACAGGACUGGUCCGAGCCUUGGGCGGAAAGGUUGAGACAAGACAAGGGUCUCGCAGAGGGUGGGACAAGAGCAACAGUCUGAUGUGGCGAGUGCAAGAACAAGACGGCGUCAUCUUCAUCGAUCAAGUCGACCUGAGUACGAGCAACCUCUGCUCGGCCUACUCUUACCUCCUUUCCAUCGUCGGCAACCUGUUCGUCUGGUACGGCAAGGGCUCCACAGCACUCGAGCGAGAAAUCGUCUCUGCCCAUGCCAGAGAGAUAUUUGGUCCUUCCAGCAGGAUCAGCGAGCAGGAAGAGGGCGCAGAGGACAAGUCGUUCUGGAAUUUCCUCAGCAAGUCGGAGGGAUACGCACAGGCCUGGCAUUUCCGCCACCGCAACGUCCUGCCUGAAUUGAGCGCCGCUCCGCGCCUCUUCCACGUCUCUGACAACGAUGUACGUGAGCACGAAGGUGCUUUCACCGCAAUUGAUGUAGCUCACGAAGGAAUCGCUGUUCUCGUCCUGCCGGCCGAGGUCUACCUGCUAGUCGGUAAAGACGCUCGAUCUCGCCGCAGGGAAAUUGCUCUAGGUCUGAGCUGCGCCGAGCACCUAGGCAAGGCGGUUGUCGCUCGCCGGCUCCCUGACCUGCCUUCUUUGCCCGUCCAUGCCCUGAUCUACCCCACUCUGGAGCCAAGAGACCUAGUCGCCUCUCUGAGGUACUGGGAGGAAGGCAGGGCCGGCAAUCCAUCGGCAACUACGGCGCGCAGGAUCAACAUCGUCAGUCUUGCCACGGCCAAGAAGGAGCUUCUCAACAGCUCGGGCAAGUGGAGGAGGGAGACCGUUCGGGAUCGGGACUACCUGCCAUUGGGUGUUGGGCCUGGCGACCUCUAGCUGAUGUCCUGAUCUGGUUGAUUCUUGCAUUUCACCCCUUCUUUCUUUCUUUCGUCUUCAUUGCUGAUCAUCAUAUCAUUGUCUUGAGCGUAUGAGCUGGAGGCUGCUUUACAUGUGAGCCGUGGGUAUUGUACAAGUGUAGUGACCUCAACUUCAGAAAAUGCCAUUCACCUUCCACGCGGUCCAUAUC